AUAGUACGUACAGGAAGUAAAACAGCACAAAUAGAUUUGAACAACUGGACACUUUGUGAGUAAACAGUUCAUAAGAAAAAAAACACAUUUUUAUAGUUCAACUGGAGAUGAAGACUUAGUUUAGAUCUUCAUAUCAUAAUAAGCUUUUUUUACAGCCACGAUGUAUAAUGAAACCAAUGUUUACAAAAACAUUACAAGCCAUGAAAAAAGGGAGUAUUUGUCAGUGUUACAGCAAGAGUCAACCAUUGCCUUUAUACCAACGUUUGUGUAUAUAGGACUCUUGGCCAUGGUUGGUAUUCCAGGCAAUAGUUUGGUUAUCAUUGUUUAUCUGACCAAGAUGACAAUGAAACCUUUAAGUAUUUUUAUAAUAAACAUGGCUGUCAUUGACCUAAUUACCUGUUUAGUGAUUUUACCAGGAAUUCUAUAUUUCCUACUUCAUAUGUGGGAUUUCAAUGAUCCACCAACGUGUCAGUUUUUCUUUGCCUUAAUUACUCUACUGGUGAUGUCGUCGGCUCUUAUGUUGGUUUCAAUAGCAAUUAUCAGGUACAUGAAGAUGUGCCACCCUUUUAAAAAACAAGUGACCUUGAGGCAAACGAAAUUUAUUUGUUCUAUAAAUGUCUUCUUGGCGACAGUGGUCUCAAUACCCAACGGAAUUCUGCAAGGAAAACACAGCCGACAGACACAAAAUCCAAACAUUGUUGGUUAUUCUUGUAAAGUGGACGACAGCUAUGUUGGAACCAUUUGGCCGACUUUAAACUCUGGGUUUUUUUUUCUUUUGUUUUUGGUAGCAAGCUUCAUAGUCACAUUUUGCUAUGUACGUAUCGGGUGUGUCAUUCGAAGACAUGGAAAGAAUGUCAAUCAAAUGAAUUAUUUAUCAGCUACAACCAAAAUUUCUAAAAAUGCAGAAAAGCAACACAAAGAUUUGAAAGUUACAGACUUGAGAAUAAUAACACAUAAACAAAAUUGCUCAACAUUUGGGAUUGAGAAUGAAUCUGAAAGUGUGGUUGAACCUGUAACAUUUUCAGAUAUCAUUGACAUAAAUACCGAAACAAUGAGUAGCAAUAGUACUAAUACGAAUGUUGAAAAUUACAAUGUCGAAAAAUCAAUUUCCACUGACAGCCCUGGUAGAGAUGACUUCUCAGAUAACAUCGCCCUAGAUGACUUCAUAAUCAAACAAAGAUUUACCCCAAGUUAUUCCAAACACGUUCCCGUCAUUAAUAAACAUAGAAAGCAGUUAAACAGAACACAUCUCAUGAUGUUGACAGUGACACUUGUGUUUUUUCUGGGAUUUCUUCCUUUUCUUGGUUUAAAUGUUCUUCUUGCUGUUUCUCCAGAGACAGUGGCCUCACUCAAAGGAUGGUCAUUGGCCAUGUAUCAGUUGUUUUUAGAGUCCUAUCUUGUAAAUUGUGCUGCUAAUCCAAUCAUCUACAGUUUGAUGGAUCAGAAGUUUAAAGAUAUUUCUAUUAAAAUGUUUAAGAUCAAGCUUUGAGUGCACAAACUCACAUAUUCAUAUAAAAAUAUGUAAACAUAGACCUACUUAAACUAGGGUUCUUCCGCACAUUUUGACUCACUAUCUUUAACUCCCUUCUCAUGCUGCCUAUAUUUUGUUUCGCUCCAUUUAUUCUGAGAUAUCAAUGUGAUAUAAAUUAAUAUCAAGAAAUCUCACAUUGAUGUGAAACCAUGAUCAAGCCAAAUAUGUUGUUCCCUGUCUAUAAAUGCGUUCAAUAAUGUUUUAUUCCUCAUUGUUAAAGAUUUUUAAUUUACGAAUGUUUAA